AUGACAGCCAAACAAAAGCUCAUCAAAGAUAGCGCAGUACAUCGCCAAAAGAUUGAUAAGCUUGUCUUUGUUUGGCAGGAGAAACUCUUUUCACAACCAAAAGUUCCAAAGCCUAUGCUUGAGAAGGCAGUGACAUAUCUUCAGCCAAGGACAUUUGCUGAGGUUAUUGAAGAACGUGUGGUUCAGAAUUGGUGUGGAUAUCCGUUGUGCGAUAGUGAACCUCAGCAGCUUCACAAGUACAAAAUCUCACUUGUGCAGAGAAAAGUAUUUGAUCAGACAGAACUUGCUAGUUAUUGCUCGGAAUCAUGUUUUAUGAAAUCAAAGUACUAUAGUCUACAGUUAUCAGAGGAACCUGUUUGGUUUCGAGACUUGAAUAAACAGGUCGAGGUUCAUGUGAUCACGCCUGAUCAAGACUUUGAAUCAGCAGUGAACCAACGACGAUUGAAGACAGAAAUAAAGAAAACAGGAGAGGAUAUUCGACAGUAUUAUGUUCAACAUUUACUCGAUAAUAUACCAAAGGGAUCUCUAGAGAAUCCGCUAGAGAUUGUAGAGAAAGACACUGCCAAGUCUGUGGCUGCCCCUAGCGUACAUACUUUUGAUACUAUCGAAGGAUAUAAAAUUGAGAUCAACCCUGACAGAAAAGCGUCUGCAACAGUAGUACUCAAGAAGAAGGACAAGAAACCAGAACAAACCCAAGAAGAAAAAGAAGAAGUUAUAGAUCCCACAGACGAAGAUGAGCUGUUUAGAACUAUGAUGAUGCUAAAGAAUAUGAAUAUGGAUAAACCAGACAUAGUAACUGAGCCAAAGAGUGCUUCUGCAGCGACAUCUGUAGACACGACGGAGGAGAACGUGAUACAGGUCCAAACAAAACCGCAACCUAAACAAAAGGACAGAAAACGCCCUGUAUUAUCACUGUUUGGGAGUAUAUGGACUAUGCUAGACCAUAUGACCACAAGGGCAACAAGGAUCUAUUUAAGUGAUCUGCAAAAACAUCAAACAAGACUCAAUGUCAUGCUCCUACUACAGGAAGAGAGCCGAACUCUGGAUGAAACGACUUAUCUCAGAGGGCAGAUAUUGAGUGAACGUAUUCUAGAAGCGUACCAAAUCAUAAGAACACAGAUAGGGAUCCAAGAAAAUAUGGAAGAUGACAUAGUCAACAUUAUUAAAACAUUCAACCUCUCUGAUCCUUCUGCUGUUACGCUUGACCCUGCACAAUGUUAUAUGCUCGCACUAGUCUUGGUAAAGGCAAUAGCUGACAUUUCUUUAAAAAGCUCUGCAUGGAAAGCUCCAUUUGAGGACUGCUGUAAAGCUGUGGAGCAAUCUUCAGACAUGGUGGAUGCAUGCGUCCGCGUUCUAAAAGUUGCAAGUGUAUAA